UCCACGUCAGUCUACGCGACUCUUAUAACAUAACCUGGAUUAUCUGCUCCGGUAUUCAGUCUUGCCAAUGAUCGAGACGCUUUCUUACAUGUCAAUUUUUCUGUACAUCCCCGAUCGUAAAGAAGAAUAAUAUUACAAAAUGAAUUGGACUUUGUGGCUGUUUAUACUCGGAUCUUUCAGCUGUAAUCAUAUAUACGUUCAGGCUCAAAGAGUUCCACCAGGUGUGUCUCCACAACAUUAUCAACAACCUGUUCAACAAGUACAUCAAGUACCACAACAAAUUCCACAACAACAGUUCCAGCAACCACAAGGACAGGUACCUAUGCAUCAAGUUCCUGUUCAACAAGUACCUGUACAACAGCAUAUGCCAACUCAUCAAAUACCAGUGCAACAAGGACAUGCUCAUGACCAUUCACAGCAAAUCCUUAAUGCUGCCAACAUAGUUAAUGAAAAGGCUCACAUUGCUGAACAUAUGGAGGUUCCAAUAGAUACUAGUAAAAUGACAGACCAGGAAUUGCAGUUUCAUUAUUUUAAGAUGCAUGAUGCGGAUAACAAUAACAAGUUAGAUGGUUGUGAACUUAUAAAGUCCUUGAUUCAUUGGCAUGAACAAGGUAAGAACGAGGUAGGAGUCAAACCUGAAGAAAAAUUAUUCAAGGAUGAGGAAUUGGUUACUUUAAUAGACCCAAUACUUUCUAUGGAUGAUACCAAUAAUGAUGGAUAUAUUGAUUAUCCUGAAUUUAUACAAGCACAGCAGAAUGCAGCAGCUACUGGCCGUCAGUAA